AUGUCAGACGAUUCCGACAAGGAAGCCUAUUCCGACGGAACAGCCAGCGACGAAGAUGAGUCGGAUGAGGAUGAGGAGAACUUCCUGAAACGUGUGCAUGAAGAUCUUCGUCGCUGUGCACUUUUAACAGCAGGCCCCAUCUGCGACCCGUACUUGCCGCAGACGACGCAGAUACUCCUGGAAUACCAGCUAGGGAGAUGGGUGCCCCGCCUGCGCGAGCCACGAGACCUCUACGGCGUGUCCUCUUCCGGCCCCCUGAGCCCGACUCGGUGGCCCUACCACUGCGAGGUCAUAGAUGAGCGAGUCCAGCAUAUCGAUUGGACUCCUUUUCCUGAGCCAGUGUACACCCCAACAGGCCUGGAGUUGGAGCCCUUUUAUCCAAAUGCCAAGGAUGGCGUGGUAGUGUACCUAGCUGAAGAUGCCUCCCCCUUAAGUGAAAAGGGUGCCUCAGUCCCCUGCCCCAUGCUGCUGGCCCCUGAGCCGCCACAGACACAGAUGCCCCUUCCCCCUGGCACGCUCACCAGCAGCUGGGCAGAGCACGAAUACCAGUUGACCUUGCGCCCGGACCUCUUCACUAACAAGCACACCCAGUGGUACUAUUUCCAAGUCACCAAUACGCAGGCAGGGGUCGCCUACAGAUUCACCAUCGUCAACUUCACCAAGCCCACCAGUCUCUACAACCGGGGCAUGCGCCCCCUCUUCUACUCGGAAAAGGACGCCGAGGCCCACCGCGUGGGCUGGAAGAGGAUCGGAGACCAAAUCAAGUACUACAAGAACCACCCGGAGCCAGACGGGCGCCACUAUUUCUCGCUCACCUGGACCUUCCAGUUUCCACACAGCCAGGACACCUGCUACUUCGCGCACUGCUACCCCUACACCUACAGCAACCUGCAGGAAUACCUGUCCGGCGUGCACAGCGACCCGGUGCGCUCCAAGUUCUGCAAAAUCCGCGUGCUGUGCCACACGCUGGCCCGCAACAUGGUGUACGUGCUGACCAUCACCACGCCCUGGAAGAGCAGCGCCGAGCCGCACCAGCGCAAGGCGGUGGUCCUGACGGCGCGGGUGCACCCGGGGGAGACCAACAGCUCCUGGAUCAUGAAGGGCUUCCUGGACUACCUCCUGGGUGCCUCGCGCGACGCGCAGCUGCUCCGGGACAUGUUCAUCUUCAAGGUGGUGCCCAUGCUGAACCCGGACGGCGUGGUCGUGGGCAAUUACCGCUGCUCCCUGGCCGGCCGGGACUUGAACCGCAGCUACAGGUCCGUCCUGAAGGAGUCGUGCCCGUCCGUCUGGUACACCCGGAACAUGAUCCGGAGAUUGAUGGAGAAGCGGGAGGUGAUCCUGUACUGUGACCUGCAUGGGCACAGCAGGAAGGAGAACAUCUUCAUGUACGGCUGUGACGGGAGCAACAGGUCAAAGGCACAGUAUUUACAGCAGCGAAUCUUUCCACUUAUGCUGAGCAAGAACUGCCCAGAUAAAUUCUCAUUCCCAGCUUGCAAGUUUAACGUGCAGAAGAGCAAAGAGGGAACGGGGAGGGUGGUGAUGUGGAGAAUGGGGAUCAGGAACAGCUUCACCAUGGAGGCCACUUUCUGCGGCUCGACUCUGGGUUAUAAACGAGGCACUCAUUUCAAUACCAAAGACCUGGAGUCAAUGGGAUAUCAUUUUUGUGAUUCUCUCCUGGACUACUGUGACCCGGACCGAACCAAGUAUUUUCAGUGCCUGAAAGAAUUGGAGGAAAUGGAGAAGCAUAUGAACUUAGAAAAAAUCAUUGAUGAUUCAGAUACAUCUCUAUUAGAAAUUUCAAUGGAUCUAGAGUCGAGUAGCCGAGGCUCUGACACUUCAGAAUCCAACGACUCUCAGUCUUAUGUUCUCAAGUUAACCCCUCAGCUAAAACCCAAGAAAUAUCUGAAAACUAAGAAGGAAAGGAAUUCUACUAUAGCAGGUUAUAAACAUGCCAGAGACGGACACAAGCGAAUCCGAGAGCAGCGCGCUCACCUCAGCACCCGCAGGGUACGCAGUUCAUCCUCACCCAGCCCUCGAUGGACGACAUUCGAGGACAAGUUGUUCCUGUGGGCCACAGAGCCCACUCCAAAGCACGGUCCCACGGGUCUGCGUCACCACCUGACAAGAAACCCGAAAAGGUGCACAUCUUUCCAAAGCAAGAAGGCAGGCGUAAACCUGACAGAUGACGAGAAGAGAAUCUACCGGGAUAAGAAACUAUCUCAAACGCAAGAAAUGUUGCAAUAUCUACUCCCGAUCAUAGAAAUCACCAAAAGCAAGCAAAUCUCCCAGAUGAACCAGAUAUUCAAUCCACGAGCCAACCUCCAGACCCAUCGUCAUGUAAACACAGCUGCCUGCCUGAAGAGGAACCGCUCGUCAAGCAUGCCAUCCAGAAACCCCCUCUUUCUAGCUCAAAGGGAUCUUCUCAAGGCCAACCCUUCAGAAUGGCUCCAGUGUGUACCCCUGAAGUCCUUUGAAAGUCUGUCACCUCUCAAAGACACCAAAAAUAGGAAAAAAUAUUCUGGCGUCUGGGCCAUCAAGACUGACUACCAGAAGCCCUCCAAUAAUAAGUGGGAGACCAGAUCCACAAGUGGUGAGAUGGAUGCAAAUAUCACAAAAGCUCAAAGUCUUCAAGCUAAAGAGUCCAGCCCGAAGAGCUUGGCCCAUGUAGCCACUUAUCUGACUGAACACAAGAAGGACCAGCCACCAAAUAAGAACAAUGGACAACCCACUUUCCAUUUGAAGUACCGAAGGAGCAAUUAA